AUGUCUACCGUCCGUGGUCAUUGUGAUGCCUGCAAAGAGAUCCUGAUCAACGGCAGCAAAUUCACCCUCAACCAAGUGAUGCCGGAGGAGAACUCCAAUUUCGAAAAGGGAAAUUCAGCAAGGACAAAUAUCAGGGCGAUUGUGGUGCGCAACAACGCUCUCAACGCUCUCAACACCUCAUCUCCCAUUAUAACGCGUAGGUGCUCCUCAAGCAUAAGCUCUAGGAAAGCCCGUGCACUGCUUUUGCCCCACCUGCUCAACCCACAUCUACCGCUACCAGACCAUCCUGGGGCCCGAAUACUGUACAUCAUUCGUACCGCCGCAGUGGAAGGCGCUAAGGAAUGGCCCGUUCAGGCAGAGAUCUACUGCAAGGAUACCUCGAAAUGGCUUCCAAAAAUCCGAGAAUUUGUUUUCAGCAGCUCCACCGGCAUAAAACCAAAAAGCUGCAUGGCAUGGGUUUCAACGCCACGAAUGAAAUGCUUCUGGAUAUUGUUUUGGCGUGAGCAGGUGUGGGAAAAGGGAGAACAGGAUUAG